GUAUUCAACUAUUCAGUAUUCGUGUUCGUGGGUGAACUAAGAACUUGUAAAUUGUAUUUUUCUUGGGUGUAUCAGGUUGUGUAAAAUUGUCUUUUCCUCUUCAUUAAUUCAAGUGAAUUCUAGUCUGCUAAUUAAGUUAGUAGAUUUUGCAAAGUUUUGUGAAAAAAGUGAACCUACCCACCCGAAAGUUGCCUACAACAUUGUGGUGUUAAACUGAAUCAAAACGGCUUCGGAAAAGUUAAACAAGUCUGAUCAGCCCAACUACAACACUAUGUAUCAACAGGGUGGCUACCCACAGGCUGGUUACCCACAGCCGGGCUACCCGCAGGCUGGUUACCCUCCACCACAAGCUGGCUACCCAGCCCCGCAAGCCGGCUACCCCCCGGGGUCGUAUCCUCCUCCGCAGCCGGGGUUCCAGCCGGGCGGCGGCUACGGCGGCGCGGGCUAUGGCGAGGCGGGGUACGGCGGGCCCGGCACCCUGGGCGACGAUGCCGACGUCAAGGGCUUCGACUUCAAUGAGCAGACCAUUCGGAAGUCGUUCAUCAGGAAGGUGUACUCCAUCCUGAUGUGCCAGCUGCUGGUGACGUUUUCGUUCGUGGCGCUCUUCACCUUCCACGAGCCCACCAAGCUGUGGGUGCAGCGCAACACUUACCUCUUCUGGAUUGCGUUUGUGGUGAUGUUCGUGUGUCUGAUCGUGAUGGCGUGCUGCGGUGACGUUCGUAGGCGUGCGCCCACCAACUUCAUCUUCCUGGGGAUAUUCACGCUGGCCGAGAGCUUCCUCAUGGGUGUCGUCACCAGCAUGUACCAGAGCGACGCGGUGCUGAUGGCGGUGGGCAUCACGGCGGCAAUCUGCCUCACGCUGACGCUGUUCGCGAUGCAGUCCAAGUGGGACUUCACGGCGAUGGGCGGCAUUCUGCUGUGUUGCACCGUGGUGCUGUUGCUCUUUGGAAUAAUCGCAAUGUUCAUCCCGAAGAACAACGUGGUGACGCUGGUGUACGCGUCGCUGGGAGCGCUUCUGUUCUCCGUGUACCUGGUGUACGACACGCAGCUGAUGAUGGGCGGAAAGCACAAGUACUCCAUCUCGCCCGAGGAAUACGUCUUCGCCGCGCUCAACCUGUACCUCGACAUCAUUAACAUCUUCAUGUACAUCCUGACCAUCAUUGGCGCAGCCAGGGACUAAGCUGUCACCUGUCUUCUGUCAACUGACAACUGUCACACCGGCUAAUGUCAUAAUAUAAUGUGGCCAGUAAUAAAGUCUACUCAAUAUAUUUGUUUCUCGAAUAUACAAAAAUUAACGUAAUACUUAUUUGAUUCUCAUGUUUUUAUUACUUAAAUAUUAGAUUAUAACAUUCCAAUGUUUGUAACUGACGUUAGCCAUUAAUAAUUAAUUAUUAUACUUAGAGGAAAAUAAUGUUCUGUUUUUUUUUGAGUUUUUGUGUAGACUGAUUGUUUUCGUUUUUAAUUAUUUAAAGAGGGGUGGACCGUGGAUAGUAUUAUAUUUAUGAUUAUAAGUCAUUAAGAUAUGAUAUGCUGCUGUUUUUUUUUUUUUCAAUAAUUUCUGAGCGAUUAGCGCCGAAGAAUUUGAAGAACAAAACAUAACAAAGUUGUUCCACGGCACACAACUGGUAGUGUUUGUAUCACUUGCAAAACGACAAUGAACUACCUUUGAGCAGCAAAUAUUAAUACUUGAUAUUAUAUACUUCAUGUGCUUUUUAUGAAAUGAUAAUUGUUAACACAACUACGACAAUAAUGUUAAGUCUAAGAGUAGAGUGUGCUGUGUGUCACUGGGCCCGGCAGUAGGCGUGGGGGGAGGGGGGAUUGUGUAAAGACACGUGUAAACCCAAAGAGCCAAUCAGCGUUUUGUUAGCUCAACGCGCGCCUGAGACCGACCAAUGAGAAGCGUGCUCUCGAUAUGUCCCAGUAUAUAUGUCACCUGUUGAAGCGUUUUAUAACAAAUGGCAGACGUAAGGUCAGCAAAUUAACUCACUCAAUCUCGAUAAACAAUAAUAAUUAAUGUUAUUAACAAGAGAUCUGUUGGUUAGUAAUUUGUUUGGCAACAAUAGAGUUUGUUUAGUGGUCUGUAAUAAUGCGGCCAUUUGUACAACGCUCGCCGGGACCCGCCGCUUUGCGUGUGCACUGCAGUACGUACACUUCUAUCCGUUUCUUAUGUUCAUAGUCCGUCUUUAAGUAACAUUCAGUCAAUAUUUUAUUUUGUAAUUUUAUAACUUACUGUAAUUAAUAUCUACCUACUUAUAUAUUUCUAUAUAAAUGUAUAUGUAAUUAAUAAUACUUUCCCAAACUUGUCUAUAUUUAGGAUCGUAUUCCUGAUUGGCUGGUUUGUUGAUGCACUAUCAAGGAAAUUCGACUAAGAGUAACUUAAAUGCCUCAAUUGGAUAUUAUCUAUUGUGUUGGUAAUGUUGUUUAUAAAUAUAGGCAAGUAUGGGAUGACGCGGUAUAGUCUAACACCGCGUCUAAUUGUUUUGUUUGUAAUAUAACUGAUGAUAGCUACCCCUUGGUGUGAUGCUUUAAUAAAGAUUCUAUCACAGAUACGGA